CCGCGUUUCCUUUUGACUCGGGAAGUACUCGCACUGUCAUAGGGAGAACUAACGGUGCAUGCGAUAGCCGGGCACAACCAGUUCAUCGACCAGGCGAUUGUAGCAGCAUCGUCAGCAUGGCAGUACCCCUACCUCCCUGCGUGAUUGACUGUGGGACGGGGUACACCAAGAUUGGAUAUGCUGGUAACACAGAGCCACAGUUUAUAAUGCCAUCAUGCAUAGCGAUCAGGGAGACAGCCAGUGUUGGAGACCAGGCCCAGAGAAGGCUGAUGAAAGGUGUGGAUGACCUGGACUUCUUCAUCGGAGAUGAGGCUAUAGACAAGCCCAACUAUGCAACCAAGUGGCCAAUCAGGCACGGUAUCGUUGAGGACUGGGAUCUGAUGGAAAAGUUCAUGGAGCAAAUUAUCUUCAAGUACCUGCGGGCUGAACCUGAAGAUCACAAUUUCUUAAUGACAGAGCCUCCUCUGAACACCCCUGAGAACAGAGAGUAUUUGGCAGAGAUAAUGUUUGAGACCUUCAAUGUGCCCGGAUUGUACAUUGCAGUGCAGGCAGUGCUUGCCCUGGCGGCCUCUUGGACAUCACGCCAGGUCGGAGAGCGGACGCUGACGGGCAUAGUGAUUGACAGCGGAGAUGGAGUAACUCAUGCCAUCCCAGUGGCAGAGGGCUAUGUAAUUGGCAGCUGCAUAAAGCACAUCCCCAUCGCAGGCAGGGACAUCACAUACUUCAUCCAGCAACUGCUGCGGGAGAGAGAGGUGGGCAUCCCCCCUGAGCAGUCACUGGAGACCGCUAAAGCUGUGAAGGAAAGGUUCUGCUACAUCUGUCCAGACAUUGUGAAGGAAUUCACCAAGUACGACACAGACCCCGGGAAGUGGAUCAAGAAGUACAAGGGAAUCAAUGCUAUCAGCAAAAGCGAGUUCCACAUAGAUGUCGGAUAUGAGCGUUUCCUCGGACCGGAAAUCUUCUUUCACCCAGAGUUUGCUAACCCAGAUUUCAUGCAGCCCAUUUCAGACGUGGUGGAUGAGGUGAUUCAGAACUGCCCCAUUGAUGUGCGGAGACCCCUGUACAAGAACAUUGUUCUCUCAGGAGGUUCCACCAUGUUCCGUGACUUUGGCCGGCGUCUUCAGCGAGACCUGAAACGUGUGGUGGACGCCCGUCUGCGCCUGAGUGAGGAACUUAGUGGAGGGAGGAUAAAGCCCAAGCCCUUAGAGGUACAGGUCAUCACCCAUCACAUGCAGAGAUACGCCGUGUGGUUCGGAGGAUCCAUGCUAGCCUCAACGCCUGAAUUUUUCCAAGUCUGCCACUCCAAGAAGGACUACGAGGAGUACGGCCCCAGCAUCUGUCGCCACAACCCUGUCUUUGGCAUCAUGUCCUAAUACUUGACAGGCUGUCAGACUCGCACCCUUCUGUCGCACGCACUCGAGACCUGCAUCCUGUCAUCCGUGCUGCUUCUACCUUUGAGUGUCUCCAAGUGCUCCAGUGAAAGCCGCACACUUUCUAUAUACCACUGUGGACUGAGGAUGAGUUUCAAAGCUCCGAACAGGCGCCAGGUGAUUUGUUGGAUUCAGAUCCAGAGUGUUCGCGGAAGGGGAGAGGUAGCACACACACUGAAUGUUCAAUGUUCCAAAUGCAAACAUCAAAGGCAGAGGAAAAAAACGGAAACAAAAACACAAGAAACACACACACACACAAAAUCCUUCGACAAAUGAAUAGAAAGAACUUCAGGUGAAGCCAUACAAUGAUGAACAUUUUUUUGCAUUGAAUUAGUUUCUGUGUUAUGUUCCCCAGCAUAAAGGGUUAGCUUCAGAUCCCAGUCUGCACGAGAUUGUAUUGGAAGACACUCUAAGCUUGAAUUGUAGCACUACCAGACGUACGAAUGAAUAGAAUGUCAUGCUUUGAAAAUGUAUAUACAAGAAAUAGAGAAAUAUAUAAAUAUAUAUUGUAUGGCAAAUUAUCUUCAGAUUAGUUUAUAUUUGUAUUAAAAGCAAAUAGUUUAUCAGAACUUGGGUGGGGAGAUGGGUACACUUGAAAUAGAGUAUAUUCACAACAGAGAAUUGAUGUAUAGUGAAAGUAAGUUCAAUUCUAUUUAUUAAAUUAUUUUUAUCCGGCAUAUUUCAAAGAGAAAAGAUUGACUUUAACUUGUAUGUAGAGUAUAUAUCACCCAUUCGUUUUACUCAUUUUACUUUGUUUGAAUGGAAGACAAAUAUCACAACUUCUGGAGUUGUAGAGCUUGAUUUUGCCUGUGACUGAAAUGAAAGCUGCUGUGCAAAGCUGGGGGAAAUAAAGUCACUUCUCAACUGCA